CCGUAUACAAAAAGCAGUAAGAAAAUCCUUCGUUUUUACCUUCAUCUCGUCCUCAAAUCCAGCCCACCUUCGCCGCCACUUCAAGAAAAAGGAAAGAUACAAAACCUUCAUCGUCGCCGGAAUCCACCGUAAUCACUGGCGAUGAUAGGUGGAAAGCAACCGUUACAGCAAUCUCAGCUGUUUUCUCUAAAGGGAUCCAUCCUCACUGUCUCCAUUCUGACCCUUAUUUUCUUCACUUACUUCUCCUUCAAAUCCCUCCGUCCUCUUCCUUUCUCGCCUCCCACUCCUCAGCUCACUCUCCUUCCCUCCACCACUGCCACCCAUCCCUCUCAUGCACGUUUCGUUGCUGACAAAAGGGCAAACAAUAUCGGUGAAGGAGAAGACGACAACGACGAUGACGACUUGUUUACCGAUGUUUACCAUUCACCGAAGCUUUUCAAGUUGAAUUUCGAAGAGAUGGAGAGGAAGUUCAGGAUUUACAUUUACCCCGACGGUGAUCCGAAAACUUUCUAUCAAACUCCCCGGAAACUGACUGGUAAAUACGCCAGCGAAGGUUACUUUUUCCAGAAUAUUCGCGAGAGUCGAUUUCGUACGGACGAUCCAGAUCAAGCUCACCUCUUUUUUAUCCCAAUUUCUUGUCACAAAAUGCGCGGCAAGGGCACAUCGUAUGAGAAUAUGACAAUAAUUGUUGAGAAUUAUGUAGAUAGUUUAAUAGCUAAAUAUCCUUAUUGGAAUAGAACACUAGGUGCCGAUCAUUUCUUUGUUACUUGUCAUGAUGUCGGUGUUAGGGCAACGGAAGGUGUUCCUUUUCUUGUAAAGAAUGCCAUUCGUGUUGUCUGUUCUCCAAGCUAUGAUGUUGGAUUCAUUCCUCAUAAAGAUGUUGCUCUUCCCCAAGUUUUGCAGCCUUUUGCUCUUCCAGCCGGCGGAAACGAUGUAGAAAAUAGGACAACACUUGGUUUUUGGGCUGGUCAUAGGAACUCGAAGAUUAGAGUUAUACUGGCUCGUGUGUGGGAGAAUGAUACUGAACUUGACAUUUCGAAUAAUAGAAUAAGCAGGGCUACUGGACAUUUAGUAUACCAGAAGAGGUUUUACAGAACUAAAUUUUGCAUAUGCCCUGGUGGCUCUCAGGUCAACAGUGCUCGUAUAGCUGAUUCGAUCCAUUAUGGAUGUGUUCCUGUAAUAUUAUCCAACUAUUAUGACCUGCCAUUCAAUGACAUUCUUGAUUGGCGAAAAUUUGCUGUUGUCCUUCGAGAGAAUGAUGUGUAUGAGCUCAAGCAAAUCCUAAAGAACAUAUCUCAUGAGGAAUUUGUUACACUACAUAAGAACUUAGUGAAGGUUCAGAAGCACUUCCAAUGGAAUUCACCACCGGUAACGUAUGAUGCAUUCCACAUGGUUAUUUAUGAACUUUGGUUGCGCCACCAUGUAAUCAAAUACUAAUCUGUUAAUCUAUUAAUGAAUGUAGUGCCUCUUCACUUUUGUAUACGCUAAACGGUUACUUUCUAACAACCUAAAAGCCUGUAUUUUAUGUACAUACUGCUCAAUUGUUGAGUGCCAAAGAUGCCAACUAUUUGUUUGUUCUUUAUAUUCCAUUUUGCAUGACUCAAUGCCAAAGAUGAGGCAAAUCAAUGACUCGAUGAUUUCCAAAGAGAACCAUUACCGAGGAGCUAGCAAGCUAAAUCUUCAUUUUAUUUUGUUUGCUAAAAAGUUUAAGAAAAGAUACUUUCCCAAAAGACUACAAAAAUGUUGAGAAUAUAAUUCAACAAAAUUAGUAAAAAAAAAAAAGAUAUGAAUAUAUGUUAUUUCUUGUCUUUCCUCAUCUUCAAUCAA